AUGACUUCAGAACCCGAACCAUACACAAUUCCAGUCACCGAUUCCGCAAUCGAAAAGCUCAAACGAAAGCUCUCAGACGCCGACUUUCCAGAUGAACUGGACACACCCGAUCAAUGGCCCUACGGCUCACCCCUCUCUGACAUCAAGCGUCUAGCCAAACACUGGGAAACCAACUUCUCCUGGCGAGACGCCGAAUCCAAAAUGAACGAGCUACCCAACUAUCGCAAAAAGGUCCAAAUCGAAGGCUUCGGCCAAAUCGACAUACACUUCGUCCACAAGAGAAGUUCAAACCCCAACGCCAUACCCCUCCUCUUCAGCCACGGCUGGCCAGGCUCCUUCCUCGAAGUAACAAAACUACUUCCGCUCCUCGAAGCCGGCGAGAAAGAAGGAAAAACCGCAUUCCACGUCGUUGCGCCGUCUCUACCGAACUUUGGGUUUAGUCAGAAGAUUAGCAAGCCUGGCUUUGCGUUGUCGCAAUACGCAGAGACAUGCCAUCGGUUGAUGCAAGACCUCGGAUACGAGAAAUACGUUACGCAGGGUGGCGAUUGGGGGUUCUGGGUCACGAGAUCGAUGGGUUUACUGUAUCCCGACUAUGUGCUGGCGAGUCACAUCAAUAUGGUGCGCGCGCAAGCACCUACGUUCAAAUCGCAGCCGGCACUCGCUCUGCAGCAUGCCAUUACUCCUUACACUGAGGCCGAGGCCAAAGGAAUCGAGCGCUCGGAGUGGUUCCUCAACGAGGGCCAAGCGUAUCGCCAGUUGCAAUCUACCAAGCCACAGACGCUGUCCUACGCAUUCGCUGAUAGUCCUGUCGCUCUUCUGGCAUGGAUCUACGAGAAGCUGAUUGACUGGACGGAUGGCUAUCCCUGGACUGACGACGAGGUGCUUACUUGGGUUAGUGUAUACUGGUUCAGCACUGCAGGGCCCAAUGCGCAUGUCAGGAUCUACUACGAAGCGCAACAUAAUCCUACGGAUCUGAUUCCGAAUCGAGAGCGCACGACGACGUGGAUUGAUCGUGUGAAGUUGGGUGUUGCGCACUUUCCUAAAGAGAUUACUGUUGUGCCGAGGGUAUGGGCGAAGACUUUGGGUCCUCUCGUUCAUGAGAGUGUUCACGAUAAGGGCGGGCAUUUCGCUGCGCAUGAGAGACCAGAUGUGAUCGUUGCUGAUCUACAGAAGAUGUUUGGGAAGGACGGACCGUGUUACGGCAUAGUUCCAGGAAAGUCAGGUUAUUGA